GCCUUGACCACCAACUUCCCCGACCUUUCGUCACUCAUGAACGGCAUCGCCAACACCUUCUCCUCCGCCGCCCACUCCGCCCAUUCUGCCCACCUCGACUCCGCUGCCGGAUCCAAGGGCGAAAUCACAUGUUGGUUCCUCGACACGCGAUCGCUAUGGCCCGGCCAGAACAUCUGGUCGGCCCCGGGUGCCGCUGAGGCCAUGAGCUUGAUCUCCAUGUCCGAGCAAAAGACCAUCAGUGGGAAGAUGUUUAUACAAGAUGCGAAAAUGUCGCUGGGCUCGGCCCUGCUGAAGAGGCUGUUCAUCAGUCAAGCCUUGGACAUUCCGUGGAGUGCGGUCCGCCUGGCGCGCAAGACCGAUCCCAAGCACGGCAAGCCCUGCGCCGUGGACGCUGUAGGCCGCCCGAUUGAAGGCAUCGACUUCAAUGUCUCGCAUCAAGCGGGCCUCGUCACCUUGAUCGGCUGGAACGGGAAGAAGAGGCACAGGUACACUCCGAGUGGAAGUAUAGAGGGCUUCAUGUCAUCCCACUCCCAACUGGAGCCGAAUGUCAUGGUGGGCGUAGACAUUGUCUGUGUGAACGAACGAGAUGAUUACCGGACCAUCGAUCAAGAGGGUCUCGAUGGCUGGGUCGACAUCUACGACUUUGUCUUCUCCGAUGAAGAGCGCUGGACCAUGAAGUUUGAUGUCGACUACAUCACUCUACUCGAUGGCACGCAUUUGACCGCUUCAGAGAUUGGGAGGUACGAUCGAGAACUCCGGCGGAAUAAGCAAAUCACCUUGACCACUCCCUCGGGACGAGAUGUGACGUUCAAUUCCGAUUUACUGGUCGAUGCGAAGCUGAGAAGAUUCUACACCUUUUUCUGCUACAAAGAGGCCUACAUCAAGCUCGCUGGCGAAGCUCUUCUUGCACCGUGGCUGAAGCAGCUCGAGUUUCUCAAUGUUCGGUCACCGAAGCCUGCUACGGUGGCUCGAUGCAAUACGCAUGGUCAGUGGGGUGAAGAGGUCGACGACGUGGAGGUGCAUAUGAAUGGGCAAGAAGUUUUGGACGUGAAGAUGAAAAUCCAGGCCUUUGAGGAGAGCUUCAUGGUCUCUACAGCCAUCCAGGGCGAGAUUCAAGGACUGGAAGUUCCCGGAUUCACGAAGCUGGAUAUGAGGAGUGAUGUGCUGGCGUACGCGCAAAAGCAUCUGGAUGUCAGUCCCGGCGAAUUUAGAUGAGGAACUUUUGUGUUGGCAGUUCCAUUCUGCCGUCUGGGAUCACCACACACACACACUCUCUCUCUCUCUCAACACCCACUACGAAGAGCCCGUCUCUAGCGAAGCUGCCGUCGGAAGAAGAUAUUGUUGCAAUGCAGUGGGGCGUAUCGGGUACGCUGAUAAUUUCUAAGCUGCCUAUCAAAUCGCCCACUAAUCGGAUAUUGGAAACAGACAUGCAACAGGGAUCUGGCGAGUUGAGAUCAUGACUUCAUCCAAGCACAUGGUCGCCUUGGACCGAUUCUCGCCAACAUAUUCUGUACGCGCUCGCUCCUCGCCUUCUGCUCAAAACGUGUCGCUGGGCCAUAGGUCCAAUACAUGUAGUCACCGACAUGCCGGUUCGGCUCGGAUGAGAAGGAAGACUCUCUUCUGCAUAGCGAGCGACGAUAACAGCCUGUCAUGCUGCUCGAUAUUCCUUGCAUGAGCACACGGUGCAUGGAAGGAAGGAUCCUGUUCUUUUCUUCUAUCUGCAUGUACGAAAUCGUCCCAGACGCGCGAGAUCAGGGGUACGCGAUAAUUGUUAAUCAUGGCUGUCAAUUCGAUGACGUCUCGUUACACCAAGUUCAAUAUAUCGGAUCUCCGCCCCAGCGUGAGAAAGUGGCUGCAUCCUUCGGGGUACGGCAUACCUAUAUUGGCCAUCAUUUGGUGUGGAGGUCUAUCGUAGCUAGGAUGCGGUUGUCAGCAAGGAAUUAAUAGACGCAGCUGUGCCCUGUUGACCAAGCGAUGGGAACCUGAAAGUACCUGUUGCAUGACCAAUUCCUUCUAUUGAUUUAUCAAAGAGUGAAGACCAGCCACAGGUCUGCGUCUCUGUAAGCACAUUCUGACUCACCACUGGUCGCGUACACCGACAACAGUUGUCAACACUAGUCAUAUUCUGAACGCUGCGCUGCAUCGAAGCGGUCCUCAUGAGCCAGUCAUCUCAUCACUAGCAGCUCUAGCCUUCUUCCCUCCCAGCAAGGACUUGAUGUCGCCCCACACACCAGAGGACAGCUCCUUGAGCGCACUUCUGCUCUCUACGACUGGGUAAAUGACGCAAAUCACCAUGCUCACCCAUACCCAUAUGAAGGAUACCACCACCCAUCCCGUAAAGAAGGUUCGGCUAAAGACAUAGCCAGUACCGAACAGAGUAAAUGGCACCAGAAUGUAUGCGAAGAGGUCAAAGACGACAUUUGCAGUCCAUGCAAUAAUGGUUCCUCUCCUGACAGCUUCCGAGUCCAUUGGCUCUAUGUUUGUGUUUUCGAGAAAGUCCACGAGCUCAUUUCCAGUAAGGACGACUGCGCCAGACUGGGAUGUGUUUCGAGUAUCACUUUCAUCAUGUUGUUGUUGAUGUACC